AUGAGCGAGCCAAAGUCGAAAAGGAACUCGUUUUUCUUCUUCUCAAGUGGAAGCAAAAGCAGUGGACCAAAGCUCGAGGCAAAUGUUAGCAGUGUCAAGCAUGUAGGCAAAUAUCCGCUGAGGAAGUCCGUGAACGCGCAAUCUGAACGGGUUACGAGCGAGUUUCGUUCCCCACCAAGUCCUGCGCCAGCUCCUGCUCCUGCCUCCGCACCCGCCGCUACAAGUCCCGUAAUCCAACCGCGUACUUCACCUGAUUCAUCGAGCACUUUCAAAGAGACCACUCCCAGCUCGAAGCUUGGUCCCAGCAAACCAAGCAGAGCAAGACGUCCACCACCUCCAGAAUUCUUAGCUGAUCUCCAUAUUUCAAGUCCGACAAAAGUAGAGGAUUCAGUGGAGGGACUAAAUAAAGCCAAAGUGAGUACAGAGGCGGCAGGUAAAGGACAUUCACGUAAAAAGUCGGAAAUUGAUGAGUUGAUGGAACAUUUGGAUCAUUUUGGUGAUGAAGGCCAGCAAACGUUGGGUGAUGAUACCUCGGUAGGGAGAUCGUCGUCUAGUGAGCAUUUUCAAACUCCUAGUUUGGAUCUGCCUGUAGAAGAUACUGAUGCCGACACUAACAGUUUUUUUGUCAAAUCUCUUAAUCUCUCGAAGUCCAAACUUAGCCUGAGUUCAAGGGAAGCAAAUGAUUCAUUCAAGUAUCCAAGUAGUCCGCAACUAAAGGCGGCCAACCAGCCGAAUGACCGUGAUGACGACCGGUUUUCUUUUGCCGAUUCGCAGGUAGAAUCCGUCCAAGACCUUCAGCAAGUUUCUUUCAAUGGCAACUCUCAACACAAUCUAUUAGAAGAACAGUCUUUUGCAGAAGAGGCUAUGACUGACGAUUUGGCCUACGACGAUGAUCAAUCUCUAUUAGAAAAACCUCGGCAAUUCAGAGUUGUUAAUGAGCACCGACCUAAUUUUACUAUGAAUGACGAAAGCAGUACUACAGAUAACGAAAGCAUUUCUUUUAAAACUGAAAGCCACGUUUUGCCAGUUCAAGACGCAAUGCUUACGCCCCAACCUCCUUUUCUUUCUGGGCCGCCCAUAACAUCAGAGUCAGAUUUGUUCCAAGUGGACACUACUCCAAGACGUAAUAUCUCAAGCUCGAGCUCUACGCCUGCCUUAGGUGGUAAUCUGAGUCCGAAAAGCGGUACCGACUCCGAAUUCACGGUACGCCAACCAUUCGAUGAUCCACCAACUAUAUUCAAGUCGCAUAGUCCGCACAGAAGUGGAACGGAUAAGUCCGUACGACUUGUUUCGAGCUACGUUGAGGAACUGAGACUCAAGUAUUUCCCAACAUCUAACUCACUUCAACCGCCUCCAGAUUUGCCCUUCAUAUUGAAAACCAAGAAUAAUCUCGAGCAACCGCAAAACAUCAAGGUGAGAAUUCGUACAAGCUCGAAACAAAUUGGUAUCAAACAUGGAAAAGCUAAGCAGAAGCUCUUGUCUUUAGAGACUGCAAAGGAAGAGGAUGAGGAUGCUGAUAAGUCUGGAAUGCUUCGUGCGAAGGGCAACCCAGUUUCUACUCAGGUGGAUCACACCCGCGAGUUCCACGAUCUUUUGAACAAGAGCUCGACUGGUGUUAAUAUGCUCGCUGGAAAGGAUCAUGAUGUGAAUGACGAGCAUGACGACGAACGUCAGGAAGACGAAGAUGAACUCUAUCUUCGUAACAUUCCGGGUGACGAGGCUUACGACAGUGACGACGUGAUGGCGCCCUUGCGUGAACGAAAUGUGGCGGGUUCUGUACUACAGUUUGCUGAAAAUGCUGCUUCUGGGACAUAUCCUUCCCAAGGUGCCAAGAGUCGAAUCAACCGUAGUGACACUGUCACUAGCUACUUCACGCGCAAAACUAACAACCGCGCUCGAAGCGGGACAUUGGAUGUUGACUAUCGCUACAAGGCUGAUAAGUCAGCAUUCUCUCAGCCGCAAAAGGAGCAUUCAUACACCGAGGACUCUUCAGAUGAUGGCAUUUCUGUUCAGACUUCUAAUUCUGCCUACUAUCAGUCUACAUUCAAUGGUGGUCUUCGCGUGACGAACGAGGAUCCUGUAUCAGAAUGA